CAGCUAUUUGUACCGAUUUGUACCAGAACCAUAACAUAUCUGGCUCGGAACCUUUGAAGGUUAAAUCCGUUCUAAGGGGAACCUCCACACUCAUGCACCGGAAAUAGACGGAGUCACAUUGAACAUUUUUUUAAACUGGCAAGUCCAUGAUGCUCUUGAGGGUGCAACGGCCAUAGGACUGUAAAGUAUGUUUCUUCCAAGGGUGGUUUCACGGCUGAACCUGCUUUCCAAAGUGUCUGGUUCAUUGCAGAACCAGAGCCAGGCGUUAUGCAGUGUUGUGCAACACUGUCAUUCUACUCAUUUCAGAGCUCUUAAAUAUUCAAAGAGAUGCUUCACUUCAGCUGCUGACAACAAACUUCCACCCAAACUAUGGACACCUCUUGAGCCAGAGUUAGAGGAGGUCCUUGUGCCCCGUAAACUAUCAGUUUCACCCUUGGAAAGCUGGCUUUCUCUGCGCUACUCUCUCCCCCCAUUGCUGGAGGCUUCACCGCCUCUGGAUGAAGGUGAGAUUGUGGGAAAAUCCACAGUGCUGCCUCCAUUUGCAGUGCCUUUACUGGAGGAUGGGGAAAGCUCAACACCACUGAACUGCAAGAAUGUGCUGCAGAUCCGACGAAGGAAGAUGAACAGGCACAAAUACAAGAAGCUGCUAAAACGGACCAAGUUCCUGAGGAGGAGGGUGAGAGAUGUCAGGAGGAAGAAAAAACAGGCUAAGUUUGAAAGAGAUCUUGCCCGAAUCGUAAGGCGAGCUGGACUAAAGAGAGCCCCAGAUGGAUGGACAGCACCACAAGUCUAUGUCAGAACAAGUCAGAAUAAAAGAGAUUAAUUAACAUCUGUGCUAUUUAAAUAUUUUUAGACUUGUGUUUGUUCAUAAUACCAUUCACUCUACUGUUACUUCAUCUGGAGCAAAACAGUGACCUGAAAUCCAUAUGUACUAUAUAUAUAUGUACUCAUUACUGCAAUAAAAAUGCCUCAUAUCCCA